UUUUCAAAAUAUGAAGUGAUCAUUUGUGAUUUUUAUGUUGAUUGUGUAAUAUAUUUGCUUUAAUAAUAGUUUAAUUUUAUAAACCAACUACUGUGUGGUUAUAUUAUUUGAUUAUAUUGUAAACCGGCUUCGGUUAUGAACUAGCGGCGUUGAAAAUUUGAUGAAAAACCUUAUUGGUUAUUAUGUUUUAGAAAUAUAUUAAACUGUGAUUAAAAGCAAAGGAACAACUCCAAAAAUGUCGAGAAUACUAAACCAUCGGAUAAGAUCAUCAUUUAAAAAGCAAUCAUGGUCAUGUGUUGAUAAGAGGGCUGUAGCUUUUUCAAUAUGGACAGGACGAAGUGUACUUCUUCACAAGCCUCUAGACAGCUAUCAGAUUCCUAGAAGAAAAUAUGGUAUGCUAAUUGCCAGAGCUGUGAGAGGUGUGCUAAAAAUCAGAUAUUUGCUUCUCGGAGGCGCUGUUGGCGGCGGCAUGACGUUAAACAAGAAAUAUGCAGAAUGGAAGGAUGGUCUACCAGAUAUGGGUUGGCUGAAUGAUUUACUGCCUGAUAACGAUCAAUGGGACAAAUUCACCACAACUCUCAUUGAUGCCAAAGAUAAAAUUGGUGAUAAUUUCCAAAUCGGUGCACCACUGACGCUGUCGAUACACGCAGAUCCGAGGCUGCGAGAGGCCGGGCUGGCCAGGGCUGCAGAGUUGAGAGAGUGGCUCGCUCAGAGGUAUGAGGACGCUGUGGCUGCGGCAGCUGUUAAUAAUGCCACCAGUAAUAUCGAACCAGCACCAAAGAUAGUCAACAACCUACAAAGUAGACCAGCGCCGAUGUCGGCUAAAUCGAAUGCAGAGGAAACUGCUGCUUAUGAGCGGCGCGUGCACGCGCUACAGGAGGAGGUGCUGGCGCUGCAGGCGCGCUACCAGCGCGAGCUGCAGCGCCUCGAGCAGGAGAACCGCGAGCUGCGCCAGCAGAACAUGCUGCUGCGCCAGGGCCGCCAGCCCUCCGCCAAGAAGAUGAAGCGCUCGCUGAUCGACAUGUACUCGGCGGUGCUGGACGAGCUGGCGGGGUGGGAGGCGGGCGAGGCGGGGCGGCUGCCGCGCGUCGUGGUGGUGGGCGACCAGUCCGCCGGCAAGACCUCCGUGCUUGAGAUGCUCGCGCAGGCGCGCAUCUUCCCGCGCGGCGCCGGCGAGAUGUGCACCAGAGCACCAGUGAAGGUAACAUUAUCGGAAGGCCCGUACCACGUGGCGCAGUUCAACGACUCGUCUCGAGAAUUCGAUCUCAAUAAGGAGUCGGACCUGGCCGAUUUACGGAAGGAGGUGGAGCUGCGCAUGCGCAACAGCGUGCGCGGCGGCCGCACCGUGUCCACGCAGCAGAUCGCCAUGUCGGUCAAGGGGCCCGGCAUCCCGCGCAUGGUGCUCGUCGACCUGCCCGGCGUCAUCUCGACUCAAACUGUAGACAUGGCGGCGGACACGCGUGAAGCGAUCAAGCAGAUGACAAAACAGUACAUGGAUAAUCCCAACGCCAUCAUAUUGUGUAUACAGGACGGAUCAGUAGACGCCGAGCGAAGCAACGUAACAGACCUAGUGUCAUCGUGUGACCCGCAGGGAAAGAGGACUAUCUUUGUUUUAACUAAAGUUGAUUUAGCUGAAGAAAAUCUCGCCAAUCCGAACCGAAUACGACGAAUCCUAGAAGGCAAAUUGUUCCCGAUGAAGGCUCUGGGUUAUUACGCGGUGGUUACUGGAAGGAGUCGAAAGGAUGACUCGAUACAAAGCAUAAGAGAGUAUGAAGAGAGGUUCUUUAGAUCUUCCAAGUUAUUCAAGGACGGCAUGGUGGCCGCCGGGCAGGUGACGACGCGCAACCUGGCGCUGGGCGUGGCGGAGUGUUUCUGGCGCAUGGUGCGCGACUCCGUGGAGCAGCAGGCCGACGCCUUCAAGGCGAUGCGCUUCAACCUGGAGACCGAGUGGAAAAACACCUUCCCCAGGCAGCGCGAGCUGGACCGCGACGAGCUGUUCGAGCGCGCGCGCGGCGAGCUGCUGGACCAGGCGGCCGAGCUGUCGGGCGCGGCGCCGGGCGCGUGGGAGGCGCGGCUGCGCGGCGCGCUGUGGGCCGCCGCCGCCGAGCGCGUGCUGGCCGGCAUCUACCUGCCCGCCGCCGCCGCCGCGCACGCCGACGUCGACAAAUUCAAUACUACCGUCGAUAUAAAACUUCGCGAGUGGGCUGAAAACGAACUAGCCCAACAAUCCAUACAAGCCGGCCGCCAGGCGUUGCGCGAAGAGUUCGCCGAACUAAUGGCCAAGGCGGCGGACUCGGAUCCCAUUUAUGAACCGGUGAAGAGGGCUGCUGUGGAAGAAGCGCUGAGGAGGCAUAGCUGGGAGGAGAGGGCGCAGGAUGUGUUGCGGGUACUCCAAGUAAAUGCACUGCAAGACCGGUGCGUGGGCUCGCGCGCCGAGUGGGACUCCGCCGUGGACCUCAUGGAGACGGCCCUCACUGAGCGCUUGAAGGCCACCGAGGCCGAGCUGAAGACUCUUGUUGGUCCCGGGCUCCGCGAGCGCUGGCUGUACUGGCAGCACACAAGCGAGGAGCAGGCGCGGCGCGGGCAGGUGAAGGCGGAGCUGGAGCAGCUGGGCUCGGAGCGGCCGGCGCUGGCGUACGACGAGGUGGUGGCCGUGCGGGACAACCUGCGCAGGCGCGGCGUCGACGUCGACAACGAGUACAUACGCGAGACCUGGAAGCCCCUGUAUUUGAAACAGUUCCUGCAACGCGCCUUGUCACGGGCACGGGAUUGCCGCAAGAGUUUUUACCUCUACACGCAACAAAACGGCACUGGGAAGGAGUGCUGCGAGGUGGUGAUGUUCUGGCGCGUGCAGAGCGCGCUGCGCACCACGUCCAACGCGCUGCGCCAGCAGAUCGCCAACCGCGAGGCCGGCCGCCUCGACCGCGAGCUGCGGGAGGUGCUCGACGAGAUGUCGUCAGAUCCCGAAUUAAAGAAAAAUUUAUUGUCGGGUCGACGGGUCGAACUUGCAGAAGAAUUGAAGAGAGUAAGACAAGUGCAAGAGAAGUUAGAAGAGUUUAUAGAAGCGUUAAACAAGGAGAAAUAAGAAUACUUAUGUAAUUAAAUUAACAAAAUACGCCUUGCAUUUCAUUAUAUCACAUUGAAACUGCAUAUGAUGCACAUUAUUAAUGUAUUACCAGUAAUUUAUUAUAGGAAAAUAGAUAAAUUUAAGAAUUGGUUAUGAAGUUAUUGUUUAGUUCCUUACUUCGUAUACAUAACAUGUUAACUUUUCACCUAGUCACUAUCGUUAUUUUGAUUUAAAAUAUAUCCCACUUAACAAAAAAAUUUCAAUAUAUAUUUUUUUACACUUGUAUUUCUAAUAGUUCUUUAUGGAUUCCCACAAAAGUGAUUCAGUUGAUUUGAGUUAUGUAAUUUACUUGAUUAAUGAUUAUUUAAAAUGCCUUAUUUUUGCUUCAUCAAAAUAAUUAUAUACAGUUAACUUGAUUAUACAAUAAAAUACCGGUCGGUUCCGCCAUUUUUGGAUCUGGCCUGUUUUGUAUAUCUAUCAGUUUAAAUAGCAAAUAAUGUAUGAAAUAUUAACAAGUACUAAUAAGCUAUCAGGGACAUUAUCAGCAAGUGGUGAAACCGGCCCCAGACUUGUAAAUAUAAAUAGUAAUGAAAUGCAAGGUUAUUACUUCAACUGUUUGGUCAAUAAGUUAGGGUACAGAUAGCAAAAUGUUAUAUGUGUUAUCUUAUUAUUUAUUAAAUAUAACUUGAAAGUAUGCGAAAAGAUGUACAGUCAUUAAUAAAUGCUUAUAUAAAGCUGAAGAGUUGGUUUGUUCGUUUCGUUUCGUAUCAGGAACUACUGGUGAGAAUCGAAAAAUUAUUUGUUGGAUAAUCCACUUAUUGAGGAAGGUUAUAUAUCUAUAUUAUAACAUCAUGUAUGAAUUAAGGAAACUGCGGGGUAAAGAUAAUUAUAAAUUAAUAAUUACUAAAACCUUAGGGUUUUUGAUUUCUUGCUUGCAGCUGACUAAAUAUGGGUAAAAUAUUAUAGGAAAAGAAAUCACGAAAUUUCAAAAAUGGGCUAUUACUCGACCUGGAAGUAUACAGGUUAAAAAGCGAUUCAAUGCUGAAUUGUGUGUAAUAAAGUGCCCCAUAUAGGGGGCAAGGGUUGCCCCCAAACUUAAUUGACCAUGCAGCAGUUAUGGUAUGUUAGUGAAUAGUGUAUAGAUGCGUGUAUGUCGCUAUGUCAUAUUGUUAACUUAACGUCUCGUAAGUUAUAUUUUUAAUAAAAUGUUGCACAAA